AUGCCCUCCUUAAAAUCAAUGGCCGCAGGUUUCAUGCGCUAUAUCCAAGUGGAUUUAGCUUCCUUUGAAGACAAUUACAAGAAGACCGUCGAUGAAUAUCUCACCCUAGCUGCUAUCCAGUACCAGAAACGAGAACUGGAGGAAAUAUGGAACAAGAUUUCCACCAGAUAUGAAUGGGUUCGAGAAUCUGAACUAAUGGAUGACCCCGAGAAAGCUGCUACCAUCAACAUAGAUGAACUCACCCGAGAAUACGCCAAAGCCAAGUCUCUGUUCAGAUCUCGAAUUAUUUCCAUUGAUGCAGCACUAGCAGAAGCAACCCAACUGGAAACUUUGAAAAAUUCCCCUCCUACCCCUUCUACUCCUGCUACCCCUGUAACCCACUCCGCACCUAGCUCAUCAUUUAGCGUACCCCCUUGCGACAUGCAAGAUUUCCAUGGCGAUUACAAAUCUUGGACAUCUUUCCGAGAUAUGUUCAAAGCCAUUUAUGGUAAUAACUCUCGCCUUAGUGGGGUAGAAAAAUUGUUUUACUUAAAACAAAAAACCCGCGGGGAGGCCAAAGAAAUAGUUGACAGUGCACCAUUGACAAACGAUGGAUUUGUUAUCGCAUGGACACAGCUAACUUCUCAAUAUGAGAAUAAACGCAUGCAAAUAAAUGCUCAAUUGAAAACUUUAUUCAAUUUACCCUAUGUCAAUGUCCAAUGUGGUAUAGCUAUCCGUAAAUUACAGAGAAAAAUAAAUAGUUGUAUUUCAAAUCUAAAUACACUAGAUAUUGAUACGGAUAAUUGGGAUCCAAUUUUCGUAUAUCUCUGUUCGUCUAAACUGCCCAAAGAAACACUCGCAGAUUUUGAGAAAACUCUGAGAGACAGUUCCAAUAUACCCUGUUGGACUGAAAUGGACAUAUUUUUAACAAACACAUACAAAGGACUUGAAUCUGUUAAUGAUAUCAAGAAUCCAAACACAUACCCAAGAAAUAAACAAAAUUCUGAUAGUAAGAACCAAAAUGAACGAAAAGGCAAUACAUUUGUAAAUAAUGUUACCCAUGAACCCAAAAAAGAUACCCGUGCCAAGAGAAAAUCUCAACCCGAGCAAAAUCUUUCAAACCCUAUCCGAACCCAAAACACUAAUAAGCCUAAUGGUUCUGUAUGCAAGCUUUGUAAAGCGAAUCAUACUUUGAGAGAUUGCCCCUCCUUUAUCUCAAUGGGAGUAGCCGAAAGGAUUAAUUUUGUUAAACAAAAUGGCUGUUGCUAUAAUUGUCUGGCGAUUUCUCACGGCAUUAAAGAAUGUUACAGUACCUUUACUUGUAGACAUUGUGGCGGAAGACAUAACUCUCUUCUUCACAGACCCUCUUCGAACUCUAAUACGAACACUAAUACGAACUCUAACCCGAUAGAAGAACAACCUUCAACAUCAUCACGGAAUGUGUCACAGUCGUUUUCAACACUGACCAACCAAACUGAUGGCGUAUUAGAUGACCGGAAAAAACUUUUAGGGACAGCGGUUUUAAAUGUCCAAGUUCAUGGUUCUAUAUUUCCAGCGCGAGCUCUAAUAGACCCAGCGUCAGAUUUUUCAUUUAUUUCUGAUCAGUUUAGACGAAAAUUACACAUACCCACACAACCCAUAAUAGCUGAAAUAUCUGGUUUGAACGAAGUUGUAUCAGCUCGUUCAAACAAAAUGUGUGAAGUUACUCUUAGGUCCAAUACCCAAAGAAACUUUAGUUUAGAAAUCCAAGCGAUAGUGGUCAAAACGCUAACUAGAACAUUACCCACCCAAAGCAUAAACCCAAAUAUCAUAAAAGAUUUAGAACAGAUUCAUUUAGCAGACCCAAGGUUUUACGAAAGUAGACCUAUCGACUUCAUUAUAGGAAGUGAUUUCUACCCACAGAGAAGAAUUUAA